AACGGUUUUGGUUGUACAAGAAUACCCAUCGAAUCAGGGGGCCGAGAAUUGGGGCUUUCUCUCGAUCUCUCCUAUCUCGGCGAUUCCACGGUCCAGGUUCCGGGGAACCAAGCUUCUUCCUCGACGCUCCACCGUCCGCCGCACCUCCAUUCCCGGCGGCGCCUGCCGGCCAGCGAACGCGGUACGAUUCUUUCUAUUUAUACAUCCGUCUUUUCACUGUGAGUUCGUCCACCGCACCUCCAUCCAGCGGCGUCUGCCGGCCACCGAACCCGGUAAAUGUCUGCAUAUGAGAAUGUUGUCAGUGGGAAGCUUAAGCUGAAAGGAAAAGCAUUAGAUGUCAAGACAGGUGGGAUAAAGAAGAAAAAGAAGCACAAGCAUGAUCAAGACCGCGAGUCCCAAAUUGAGAAACAUGAGCCUCCAGCAGGUGGAAGUUCAGGAGUAUCAACUGAUCCUACCGAAGACAUGACGGAAGCUGACAAGCUCGGGGAUGGACAUACACCUGCUUAUGAUGAUCACCUUACACCAGCCGAGAGACGGUAUAUAGAACAGAGGGAGAAAAUCAACAUGCAUAAGCGGGCAAAGACUGCAAACAAAUCACAUCGUGACCGGAUUCAGGGAUUCAAUGAGUAUCUGGCAAAUCUCAGUGAGCAUUAUGACAUUCCUAAAGUUGGUCCUGGUUAGCUUAAUGAUGCAAUAUUGAAAGCAAACUGGUCCAACUUCAGAAUUGUGGUUUGCAUUGUAUGCGGUAUUGUUUUGUUAUGUUGAAACCUUUCAAUAGUCCCCAUUUAUGUUGGGAACGCAGACUACCAAUCUAGGAUGUCAGUUGUAGUGCUUGAUGAUCACUGCACACAUUUUUAAUGGCCUGUACUAACUCUGAUUGGGAUGGAUUUUCUUUUGCAAAUCAUUCUAAAAUUUGUUUUCAAACUUU